UGGUCAGUUAUGGACUAAGGUAUAAAAUGGAAAAUGGUCAGAGGUUCAACAAAUAGCAACAGACGUCGGAUACCCUUUGAGACAUCGCGUAAAAACACAAGAUAUGAAGACUUUUGUUCUUUUUCUCACAUUUGGCUUUGCAGUAUGUACACAGAAAAUAAUGCAACCAGGUCGAGAAUUAAUUAAAGAAAUAUUUUCCUUUUCGAGUGAGAUUACGGAUGUUGAUGGGUUUAGUAGUAAAAUCGUUGGAGGGAGUGACGCAGACAUCACUACCUACCCCUGGCAAGUGUCAAUGCAGAUGAGAAGCGGUUCAGGCUGGUACCAUAUUUGUGGCGGGUCUAUCAUAGACAACAACUGGAUUGUAACUGCUGCUCAUUGUGUUGAUGGAAGUUCAUUCUUAAUACCAUUUGCAGUGUUGAGUGAAAACAAGUCCAUGAUAAUAUGUUAUAUCGUGCACUUUGUUUGCAGGGUCAACACUUUACGGAUUGCAGCUGGAAUGACAAAAUUAUCAGAUACUUCAAGAACGGUUCGAUCGCUGGCCAGAAUUAUAAUGCACCCAAGUUAUAGUUCAAGCAGACCUGGAUACCCAAACGACAUUGCUUUAUUAGAAUUGUCACAAUCAUUGACAUUUGGUGCAUCUAUAAAUAAGAUCGCUGUUCCAACAACUCAGGAUUUUACUGGAUCAACCUGUAGUCUUUCGGGAUGGGGAAGACUAAGCGGAAGUGGAAGCAGCCCAGACAAUUUAAAAGAUGUUCAGAUGACGAUCAUCAGCAACUCUGAGUGUUCUACAAGAUGGGCAUCGGUCACUGGUGCUGCUAUCAAUGACGGAAACAUUUGUAUAUUACAAUCUGGUAAAUCCGCCUGCAGUGGUGACAGUGGUGGACCGAUGACAUGCUACUCAGGAAAUACCCCUUACCUUGCCGGGGCUACGUCAUGGGGUAUAAGCACGUGUUCCGGAGAUUUCCCCAGCGUUUAUGCCAGACUGACGUCAUUCAGAUCAUGGAUCAGUAGUUAUGUUAGCAUUUAAUAACUUGCAUGUACAUAUUUCUCUUUAUUUAAUAAAUAGUUCUAUAAUUGUAAUAAAAUCUUCAAACAUUUGAUAACAGACUUCCAUUCGAACGGAUCACUUAAUUUUUAUAGGCAUAUUUAAGCCCUUAAAUCGAAAGCCGACCUUGACGUCACUGGUGAGACGAGGAUAAUCGAAACACGCUUCUGGGAUACUGAUUUCUUUGUAUCUUUGACGACUUUUUACAGGUGUCUGCUAUUUACAAAGCUAUCAUCAUUCACAAAAUGUGGUUAAGAUAAAAAAAAAAUGUGGAUAGUGUCCACAUGUGGACAUAGAUGAUGCCCCCGCUUGCAUAUCAUAUAGUUAUAAAGGGACAUAACUGAAGAACGGUAAAAGUGACACUACCCAAAUUUGAACUUGAUCUCAGUUUUGUGGUAAUAAGCAUUGUGUGUAAGUCUCAUAACAUUUGGUUGAGGCUAACUUAAGUAGAGAACAGAAACUAAAAAUUCAGCAAUUUUUCUAUUUGUAAACACGCAUAACUCUAGAAUGGUUGUGUAUAAGUUUUAUAACAUUUGGUUGCGACAAACUAAAGUUAGAGAACGUAAACGAAAAAUUCAGCAAUUUUUAUGUUUAUAAAGGAACAUAACUCAAGAAUGGUAAAAGUGUCGCCACCAAAUUUCGUACUUAAUCUGUAUUAUGUAGUAAUAAGCAUUGUGUAUAAGUUUCAUAACAUUUGGUUGAGGCAAACUAAAGUUAGAAAACGGAAACAAAAAAAUUGUACUUGAUGUUAGUUUUGUGGUAAUGAAUAUUGUGUAUAGGUUUCAUAAUGUUUGGUUGGGGCAAACUAAAGUUACAGAAUGGAAACUAAAAAUUUUGCAAUCUUUCGAUUUAUAAAGGGGCAUAACUCAAUAAUGGUUAAAGUGACACUACCCAAAUUCAACUUGAUCUGUGUUUUAUCAGUGGAAGUCAAAAUUAAACAUUGCAUUGUAUAAAGCAUUUAUUGUAGUUGAUUCAACUAUAAUCAUGGACAAAGGAAGAUAACUCCAAUUUUAAAAAAUACUUUAUAUUUAGAAGAAAAUAAAAAUUUUGCUAUUUUUUCAUUUAUAAAGGGGCAUAACUCUAGAACGGUUAAAGUGACGCCACCAAAAUUCAAAUUUGAUCUAUGUUUGGUGGUAAUAAGCAUUGUGUACAAGUUUCAUAACAUUUGGUUGAGGCAAACUUAAGUUAGAGAACGGAAACCAAUUUUGGGACGUACGUACGUACGUACAGACGGACAAGGGUAAAACUUAAUGUCCCCCAGCGCUACGGCAGGGGCAUAAAAAUUUCAAAACUCCUUUUAAGCUACUUGUGGCAGGUAAUGUAGAUAGAACACCUUUAGUAUGCCUCUUUUGACACCCGCAAGGAAUGUUUGAUAUGUUAAUUUAUACUCAUGUAAAUAUUUAUAAGACAUAAGGAAUUCACACAAGAAUGAUCUGUCACAGUGGUUCCUUUUAUUAAAAAAAUAUAUAGAAUUCAUGCAU